AUGCGUGAAAAGUGGGAAAAGUGCAGCACCUCGUCAGAAAUGGCCGAUGGACAACCGGUCCCGCAAAAGAUUAGUUUCAUCUACGAACCCACGUACAAGAAACCAAAACUUUUGUUAAAAUCGCCAUCAGUGCGUGCGCUAAGAAAUUACAACAACUUAUCGAUUGUUGACAAUUCUCAAAAUACUUACGACAACUUGAAUUUUAUCCCCGAGAGUGGAAAUGUUGACUUUAAUACCUAUGAAGAAGCUUACACUUCGACGAUAAGAUCAAACGACUCUAAACAGAGCAUUUUUCCGAAUACUUACGACUUGUACGAUUAUACGACUUUAGGAUCGUCUUCAGUCCGAACAAAUGUUUCAAAUAAUGGGUCCGAAUUGGGUUCGGAGAAAAACGAAAUGGGUUCGACAACAAAGUUGGUUACAACCAAAAUGGAAAUGUCUUGCCAAUCAUGGUUUUCUCGUCUGGAGACAGUACUUUGUACCAUUUCGCUAGCUGCUGGUUUUGGAAACUUGUAUCGACUACCUCAGACAGCUUUAUUACAAGGGGGAUUGCCCUUUCUGCUGGCAUACGUCAUCCUGGUAAUACUUGUAGGACUUCCUUUACUCUUUUUAGAAUUAGGGAUAGGACAAUUGGCACAGGAAGGGUUUAUCAAAUCGUGGAGGGCUGUACCGUUUUUCAGAGGUAUAGGAUAUGUCAAAUUAAUUGCGGGAUGUUUACUCAGCAUUUAUUAUCCUUUGUACAUGGGACUGUCACUUUAUUACAUAAUUUGGAUUUCAGCAACAUCGGUUCCAUUCAAACAGUGCGCAAAUGUUAAAAUGAAAAAGACUGGUUAUUCUGCAGAUGGGCAGGACGGACAACAAUGUUUGAGAAAAACAUUUCUAGAAUCUCCCUUCAACGAUCUACACUGGUACGGGAUUUUUGCCGGUAUUUUAUUCGUAAUUUGGGUCAUAGUCAUAGUUUUAUCGAUUCGAAGGACUAAAAGUUUCAUAAGAUCCAUAUCAUUACUGUUGUUUCCGCUUCUGGGAUGUAUAAUUGCUCUCACAGUCAAAGCAGUUUUUACAGAAGAUCAUUUCCAAAGUUUAGAAAAGUUGGGACAAAACAUCGAUUGGUCCAUUCUACAAAAUUCUUACAUUUGGUAUUAUGCUGCCCUCCAAGUGUUUUUCUCCACCAACGUGGGGUUUGGCACGUUUAUCACAAAUGCCGGAAUCAUCUACAACAAAGUCAAUCCUCUAUUGAUUGCCUUGGGUUUUAUUACCGUAAAUCUCGUUUUCGGUGUUGGUUCUGUGAUAAUUUGCUACAUUUUUGCCGGCGAAUUGGACACAAUUCGUAACCCGGGAGACGUCUCCGAGAUUCACCUUCUUGCCCUUAUGUACACCAUAACAGUCAAGAGUGAUCAAGAGAUCAAGAUCAAGAGUGAAGAGAGAAACGAGGCGAAAAUUUGGGCUAUUGUUGCCUAUGCGGCGAUUUUAUUGGCUGGUUUUAUAAGCAUGGCAACCAUCACUUACACUUUGCUGAAGGCAAUAACAGUGGAAAACCGGAGACGGCUAAAAUGGUGGCAAACCAGCAUUGUUUUAAGUUUUGUGGGUUUGGUUUUGGGUUGUGGUGUUCUCCUGGAGCCCGAUUUUCGAAUUGUGCGUCUCUUGGACCACUAUUUGGUCGGGAAUUUUAUCUUGAUUUCGGUCAUCAUUGAAGUGUUUGCACUUAUCGCAUUUUAUGGUACUGAAAGGAUCAAAUCCGAUUUUGAAUUCAUGUUGGGGCAUAUUUUAUCGAACGUUUGGUUGAUUCUUUGGUGGUUACUUCCUUUGCUGUUGACUGGAAUUUUCGCAUGGGCUUUGAUUACCAUACCAGAGGAUGAAUUUGUUGAGGACCCAGAAUGGUUGUAUGCUACUGGAUGGGCUGUUGUUCUCACUGCUGCCAUAUUUAUUCUAGUGAUUGGAAUUUAUACAGUCACUAAAAUGGACGGUUACACCGUGAUAGAUAAAUUCAAGGCUUCGCUCAAACCGUCGAAUAAAUGGGGCCCUAAAGACCCCAUUUUGCGACACACUUGGAUGCAGUGGAACAGUAAGGCAAAACAAGGCGAGAGAGAUUUUACAUUGAAGCGACGUGGUACUGGAGGAUACACUCGUUCGGUGAAGAGGAACGCGAAAAAGGCAACUCAGAAUCGAACCAGUAAUUCGAGUACAGAGUAUGUGGAGCCAUACUAUUUACAAAAUGAGCAAAAUCCUACGCAAAAUGGCGUUAAGCCAUUACGUGUGACUUCAAUUGUUGAUUCGUUGGACCCUCCAAGUCCGGUUAUAACAGUGAAUAUACGAAAUACGUACAGUAAUAACGGGUUUAAGACGAGUAUUAAUCCGUUGUCGAGGACUAGUGCUCACGAAAUUCAAGAUAGUUCCAAUUCUGGAGAAGGGUAUGGCACCUUUAGGAAGGGGCCGUAUGUUAUUCCAGAGACUAAUAUAACGCAUGUUUGUCACAGGAGGUUUAGUGAAAGCGAAGAUGCCACGGAGCUGUAAUUUUUCCUAAUACCUAGUUGCUAGAUAUUACGUAGGUACUCAUUGUUAUUUAUUUUAUUACAGUUUUUUUUAAUAAAGUGUUAAAAUUGUG